UGGGAGGUGGGUGCGAGUGAGGGGUCAGACCGUUUAGGUGAAGGCGCUCGGUUUGGGAGAGGGACCUGUCGUCGGGUGCUUGGAGACAUCGACAUCGACAUCGACAAGGACAGGGCGAGGGCGAUGAUCGAUCAAAAACGCAAGGCGCAGGAAAUGGCGCUGGUUCCGACCAAGCGGCCGAGGAACGAGGCGGUACCGGGGGUUCCGCAGCAGGCGGGUCCCCCGAGAACGUCAAGUCUUCAAGCUCCUAUAAUGCUUCUAACAGGUCACGAGGGAGAAGUUUACUGCUGUAAGUUCCACCCAAAUGGAUCAACGCUGGCAUCUUCGGGAUUUGACCGACUCAUACUGUUAUGGAAUGUGUAUGGAGACUGUGAAAAUUACGCUACAUUAAAAGGCCACAGUGGAGCAGUAAUGGAAUUGCAUUAUAACACAGAUGGCAGCAUGCUUUUUUCAGCAUCAACAGAUAAAACUGUCGCAGUGUGGGACAGUGAAACGGGUGAAAGAAUCAAGAGAUUGAAAGGGCACACUUCCUUUGUGAAUUCAUGUUACCCAGCAAGACGAGGACCACAGUUAGUCUGCACAGGAAGUGAUGAUGGAACAGUAAAGCUUUGGGACAUCCGGAAGAAAGCUGCUAUCCACACGUUUCAGAACACAUAUCAAGUACUUGCGGCAACGUUUAAUGACACAAGUGACCAGAUUAUCUCUGGUGGUAUUGAUAAUGACAUAAAGGUAUGGUACUCAGUGUGGUUUGUGAACCACAUGAAAGUGUAAAAUGUAAACGAAUUAACAAAAUUAGUGCUGAGUUUGGAAUCCAUUUAAAUUUAUGUCUGCAGUUCUUUUGAUAAAAAUACACUUUUUUUUAAGAGAUAACAGUGUGGAGCUGGAGGAACACAGGAGGCCAGACAGCAUCAGAGGAACAGGAAAGUUGAUGCCUCGGGUCGGAACCCUUCUUCAGAAAUGGGUCUUUUUUUUUUUUUAAGUUUCUUUCCUUUGUUCCUGGGGUGAAUUUCAGAAAGUACAUUUCUGUUGUGAAUGCUGAACACUGUUGUCCUCGCCCUGGGUUAUAGAAGAUAAGUUUUAGCUGUAUCCAAUUAUAUAACUUGAUCUGGUGGUCCUGAAGGAGAUGGUUUAUAUUGAGUCAAUUUGUAAGCACUGCUGCUACGUGUGGGAAUGCAUAUCUCGCUGUUUAUGGACCCACAGUACAUACCACCUAACAUCGAACAUUGUUGAGAAAAUACAUAUUUUGUUGAAGCUUUUCGUCUUACCCUCGUCAGGACAAUUCUCAAGAAUAUCAAUUUGGGAGGAAAACAAACAUCUAUACCAUAUGAGAGAUAAAUGCUGAUUGGUUGACAAGUGCACUAUGUUUGGAAGCAUUGCCAUGGAGAUUGGACAUCAUAAACUGGUGCAUUCUUUAUUCUGGAAGGACUUUGUGUACCCUUACUUGAUUUUAUCACACUUCUGACUUUGACCAAACCAAUUUCAAGCCACAGAAUCUGGAAAAUGAAAAGCCUGGAAAGGUUUGCUUGAAGCCAGCACUUCCUCAGGUGCAUCAUGUGUUAGAAUCAUAUUAUCUGAUGAUUUUUAUUUAUUGUAUCCUUUCUUUGUGUCCAGCGAAACAUACAAAGUUAACAUUGGUUAAUGCGAGAUAUUGCUGUAAAGUGUAGAAUGUAUACCUUAGGGCCUGCUGUACAAAAGAUAGUUUGGUGACAGAGUGAUUAAAUAUGUCAAUAACUGUUAAAUGCAGAGCAUUAAGCAUAUCCUGUCUAAAGCUGCUUCCCUGAGAGUUUCUGGAGCAGUAUUUUCCGCAGUCACAAAUUGAUCUCAGUGGUUGGAACAGAACAUUGCAUUUCUCCGAUCAAUCUGUUCAAUUGAAACACGCUGUAUGAUAUCCUAGGAGACUUUUAAAGGGAUGUUUUAUUAGCAGCUACUUCUGAAAUGAAAGCGAGUUCUGUUUGUGGAGCAUAACCACUAUUCUCCUUUGUCCCUUUGCUGCACACUGUAAAGUUGAGUUGUGGGUUUACAUUUGGUCCAGUAAUAAGCUAACUAGCCAGUCUGAAGCUGUCGAUCACGAAGGUCUAGUCAGAAGAUUCUGUAACAACCACGUAAGAAGUAGGCAAUUAUAUUUUGAGUCUUAGUACAGGAAAAAUGUCUUGUUUUUGGCAUUCAAAAAGACAAGUAAAACAUAAUUAGUAAUGCACAGGUUUUCUAGUUUAGUUGAUGUGCCUAGUGGGGUUUCCAGUCUGUGGCACUUUUUAUUAUUCACUCACGAGAUGUGGGCAUCUUUGGCUAGGCGAACAUUUAUUGCCCAUCCCUAAUUGCCCAGAGGUCAUUUAAGAU